UUUUGUAUGUCCGUUUCAACUUGCAACGAAAAAGUAAUGACCUACGUGGAAGCGCGUCAUUGUCAUUCACGGAUUAACUUCCGACUCCUCAAGUGCUUCCAAGCUCCAGUCUUCUCACCAUGGUCCGUCUUUUUGGUAUCAUCUGCACUCUCGCCUCUCUCUCCGGUAUCUCAGCCCACACACCGUCAUACAUCUACAAGUUCGAUGCAGCGUCCGCUGCCGGCGUCGACGGCUCCAUCCAAGUCAAAUACGCCGCGGAAGACUCGUCCACUGCGACGAUCACCGCCAACCUCGACUUCUCCGGCGUCGACCAGGAGAAAAUCGCCGAGUUUGACGGCAACUGCACGUCGGACGUGACGAGCUAUAGAUGGCACGUCCACACCAAGUGGAGCUCGCCACUCACUUCGGACUCGUUCGCGCAAUGCUCCAAGGCUGCGACAGACAACCACUACGACCCGUUAAGAGCUUGCGGCCCUGCGUCUGAGUACAUUGCUGAGCCCGAAUGUAAGGCCAAAUCGUUGACCUACGCGUGCAACCCAACCAACUACAAGUCCGACCCAUCGGUAUGCGAGAAGGGAGAUUUGUCUGGCAAGCUUGGAGCCUUCAACUUGGGCCAAGACUCUACCAUUUCUGUCGAGUGGACGGACGAGCACUAUCCGCUCCCAUCGGAGAACACAGACACAUGGAGCAUUGUACUCCACGCUGUGUGUGGAGACCAAACUCCUCGUAUCGCUUGUGCUCUUGGCCAGAAGGUUGUUGAGGAGUACGAAGAGGACUACCACCAGAAGUGCUAGAACUGUAGCCAUGUUCAACAAAUGGAUACAUUAGUACCCAAUCAAAUUUCGUAAUUCUCUUUUCAUCCAAUGAAAACGUUUCAUUUUUAACGGA